UUAUUAUCUUUUACGACUUAUCCCAUCCCGUAGCUCGGCGGCUGCAGCAGCUGUACACACGGUGCGCGUGCAAGCAGUACGCAUUACGCAUAAGUACCAGUGCGUAUUUACUGUACACAAGCGGCGUUGUGCGUGAAGUAAGCGAGAAAUCACCGCGGGGACUUGACGCAUGUACAUUGGGGUGUCCGACGCGGGAUUGGACUACUCACUACCGGUAAGUCGGACGGCGGAUUUAUCGCGCGCGGGCUGCAGUCCGUUCAUAAUUAAUGACCGGUCGAUGCUAUUGAUGGAAGCCAACCUUUGCCAGGCAGCUCACCUGUCGGUAUUAUUUUCUUAUUGUAAAUAAAAGGAACAAAUGUGAAGAGUAAAUUGCCUAAUCAUGGUGUCGUAUUCUGAUAGCGUUGCGACCAAUCUUACUGCGAUAGCUAAUAACAAUAUACAGCAGCCGGAUCAAGCUGUUUUCGAAGCUGACAAGAGAGCUGUAUACAAACAUCCGCUGUUUCCAUUGCUAGCUUUACUAUUUGAAAGAUGCGAACAGGCAACUCAAUCAGCGACAAUAUCAAACUCUGAAAACUUCAAUAUAGACAUACAAGCAUUUGUUCAACACCAAGAAAGGGAUAGAAAACCAUUUUUGACAAAUGACACUGAAAUCGAUGGACUAAUGAUCAAAGCUAUUCAAGUUCUAAGAAUUCAUUUAUUGGAGUUGGAAAAAGUUCAGGAAUUGUGUAAAGAUUUUUGCAGCAGAUAUAUUACUUGUUUGAAAAUAAAAAUGCAAAGUGAAAAUCUAUUACGUUCCGAUUACACUACUGGCUAUUUAGACAACAAUAGCAGUGGAAAUUCUAGUAAUAGUAACUCACCAUUGUGUCAUUCUCCGCAUCAUAAUCAGGUGAUAUCCUCUUCAGAAGCUUCUUUGCGGCAAUCUGGAGACCUUGACACAAUGAAACCCAAGACAAUAAUGGACUUGAAAAACAUUUCUAGUCUUCUAUCGGGUAUACCAUCAUCCACAUCUGUAGAAAUGAAAAAUGUAUCUCAAACCUCAGACAUUUCACAACUUGAAAUGCCUGUUACUCAGUCUUCCUUACCUGAUAAUUCCGCUCUAGGAAAAAUUACCCUAUCGACAAUUGGUACAAAUUUGUUGUCUAAUAAUUCAUCUUCUCUUCAAGGUUCCUUAUCCGCAACUAGUGGCGGAUCGUGUGAUGAAGAAGAUGAUUAUUUUGGAAGUAAAAGGAAAAGACAACAAAAACGAGGUAUUCUUCCAAAACAUGCUACUGGUGUAAUGCGUUCCUGGUUGUUUCAACAUUUGAUUCAUCCAUACCCUACUGAAGAUGAAAAGAAAAUCAUCGCUGCUCAAACAAAUUUAACCCUGUUACAAGUUAACAAUUGGUUUAUCAAUGCACGAAGGCGAAUACUGCAGCCAAUGCUUGACGCGUCCUCUCCAGAAAUUUCAGGCGAACAGAACUUUACACUGUCCAAGGACCAAAAUGUCAUAGUCGAGACGAGUAAGUUUUCUUGGCCUUCUGACGAAGCAAUGAUUCAAUCUCAAAAUGCCAACGAAAAUUCCAACGAAUCAAAUUUUGGUGAAAGCGAAGAAGAGGAGGAAGAAGAAGAAAUAAAUGACGUAUUUUCUCGACGUAGCGUACACGAACCUGAAUAAUAAGUUAGAAUUUACAUAUUUUUAAUAUUUGAUAAUGUAUUUAUUAAAAACUUUUCUGGAUAUAUUAGAGUAUUAAUCAGAUGUAGUUUAUAUAGUUUUGCGCGUUGUAAAAUUGAUAUCCAAUUGUUUAGUUAUAUAAAUAAAUGUAUAAAUUUAAGAACAUCAAUUAUAAUAUUAUUCUAAGUUAGUAUUAAUUAAUAUGUUACCUUUAAACAACAAAAUCGACAUUGUUAUCGUAUUUAUUUCUGCUUAGUAGUGAUAAGAAACAGAUUUAUUUGGAUACGAUUAAACUAAAAAUUGAAUACCAAUUAAAUUUAAUAUAUCUCCUCUUAAGGAACAACUACGCACAAUAAAUAUUAUGCUAUUAAAAUGUCUGGAAUUAAAUAGUUGGGGCUUAUAUGAUAUGUAACAGAACAAUUGCUAUUUUUUGAUUUUACAUUAAUAUCACUUUCAAAAUAGUAAUCGAUUUUAAAACGUGGAACCUACGUCUUGUGAUACCAUUGUGUAAAUAAAAUGUAUGGGCGUUAGUCACGAGACCUUGUUAGAUAAUACAUGCUAAAAGUGACGUUAAUCUGUUAAAUUCUUGUAAAAUGCUCUGUAAUUAACGUACAAUUUGUUUAAUUUUAACUUAUGAACUUCUUUUGAAACAAUUAUUUCUUAUUUUAUUUUCUUAAAGAAAUAAUACAGUCUUUUUCUUUUAUGUGUAGUCUUGGCAAUCAACAUUUAUACUACUUCAUUAGGAACUGUCAUUACUCAAAUAUAUUAAAUAUAAUACUAUACGCUUGUACAUUUAUUUCUUACCAUUAACACAAUAUUAUACUUAUAAAUAAAAUAUUAUACUAUCUGGCAGGUGCGUUUGUAUAUUUUCUAAAUAAAAGCGCAGUGGUCGUGUACAUUUUUAAUUUAAAUGACGAUUGCUUUAUUUUUAACCGCGUGACUUCAAACUGCGGCGCUAAAUUUGAUAUGUUGACUUGAUAACAUAUACUAAUAACAUCAAUUGUAUAUCUACUUAAAUGUAACGCUUUGAUAUAACAUUAUCUAUAUAGGGUGGUUCUUCUUAUUAGCCCAUUGUCCGCAAAUAAGAAUCACCCUAAUAUAUAUAUAUUAUUAAUUAUACAACAGUAUUAGAGUAGGCGAGAACUACUAAAUAAAUAAGUCAUUAUUUUAUUUUUAUUAAUUACUUCUAACAAUAUAACGAUAGUACUUAUUGAAUAUUUUAUAAAAAAAAAAAAAAAAUUUCUUUCUGUUAUAUUUUGCCA